GCCUGUGGCAUACCUCGUCGGCGACCCGAACAGCGGAUACGAUUUCGGCAAGAUCAUGAAGCCGGACUUCACGAUUUGUUCCAUUUCCCGCUAUGUUGAAGGAGGGAGAAUGGGCCGAAUUCUCCAAACUGGUCAUUCUCCCAAUUUCCUCCAUGGCCACCAUCAUCACCGCACAGGCGUGGCUCACUACAACGCUUGGGUCACGAACUGGGACGUUCCGAGCAACACCGAUUGGCUUGUGAUGUGUGGCAGCAAUAAGGGGGUUGUCUACGUGGGCAACGAACGUCGCAACAUCGCCGUCCGCCACGGUGUUCUCCACAAUGCUGACUUCAACCUGUACAUCAACGAGGGCUUCGCCAAUGAAGCCUCAGACUUCGGUGUCAUGGAGGUCAUCACGUGGAACCGAGCGCUCUCGGAAGACGAGAUGUGGACCAGCAUGGAGUACCUGAACUGGAAGCUCCAGGCACACCUUGCACAUCAGCCAUCUGCGGAGUCUUCCAUGGUGGCCUGGUUCAAGAGCGAGGAGGCAUACACGGCCGCAUUCUUCAAAGUGGUCAUCAUCCCAACUUCCUCCAUGGCCAUUGGAGUCGCCAAACAGGGCGUUGUCUUCGUGGGCAAGGACGGGAAGAAUAUCGCUACCGGUCACGGUCCUCAGCUGAACGCAGACUUCCACUUGUACAUCAACGAGGGCUUCGCCAAUGAAGCCUCAGACUUCGGCGUUAUGGAGGUCAUCACUUGGAAUCGGGCACUCUCGGAAGACGAGAUGUGGACCAGCAUGGAGUACCUGAAUUGGAAAAUCCAGGCCGCGAUUCCAUACCAACCAGCGGACAAACUGUCCAUGGUGGCCUGGUUCAAGAGCGAAGAUGCCAGUCCAGCUUGGAGGAGCGCGGUGGGCAGCUGGCAAGCUCGAGUCACCAAAGGCAGCAUCACCAGAAAGGUCGAGGCUGGAAAUGGGGCUACGAAACCUGUUGGGUACCUCGCUGGCGACAGCAAUGCCGGAUAUGACUUCGGCAAGAUCAUGAAGCCGGACUUCACGAUUUGUUCCAUCACCCGCUAUGUUCAAGGAGGGAGAAUGGGCCGCAUUCUCCAAAACAUCCAUCCCAACUUCCUCCAUGGCCACCAUGGUCACCGCACAGGCGUGGCUCAUUACAGCACUUGGGUCACACCCUGGGACGUUCCGAGCAACACAGAUUGGCUUGUGAUGUGUGGCAACAAUAAGGGGGUUGUCUACGUGGGCAACGAACAGCGCAACAUCGCCGUCCACCACGGUGUUCUCCACAGCGAAGACUUCAACUUGUACAUCAACGAGGGCUUCACUGCCGAAGUUUCUGACUUCGGCGUCAUGGAGGUCAUCACUUGGAACCGGGCACUCUCGGAAGACGAGAUGUGGACCAGCAUGGAGUACCUGAAUUGGAAGCUCGUGACUGGCACUCAGUGA